UGCCCGGGCAGCCCAUGAACCUGCGGGCCGAGGCCAAGUCGGAGACCAGCAUUGGGCUGUCCUGGAGCCCGCCGCGGCAGGAGAGCAUCGUGCGCUACGAGCUGCUCUUCCGGGAAGGCGACCACGGCCGGGAGGUGGGCAGGACCUUCGACCCGGCGACCUCCUACGUGGUGGAGGACCUGAAGCCCAACACGGAGUACGCCUUCCGCCUGGCGGCGCGCUCCCCGCAGGGCCUGGGCGCCUUCACCUCGGUGGUGCGGCAGCGCACGCUGCAGUCCAGACAGUGCGCGGGGGCAGGGGGCAUGCGCGUGGCCCCGGACGGGGCAGCACAGACUCAGGGCCAGGCGUUUCCCGGGGGCUGCAGGCGCCCCGGGCUGGGCGCAAGG